UGUCGGCUAACGGCGCUAACGCAUAUUUUUAACGGUUUUAUUGUUUUGGUGUUGUUUAUUUAACUAUUUUAAUAUGAGUGUUUUGGAUGAAAUCACGGAAGUAAUUGAAAAUCAAAUUAUACCAAAUGUGAUUAAAGCUCUAAGACAGUUUACUAUUGAGUUAGAGGAAGGAGAAAACGCCAAUUGGAAUUCCAUUGUGAAAGAUAUUGAGAAAUUCAAAGAACAAGGUGUACUAACCAGUUUCGUGCAAGAUAUUUCACAAACAACAAACAAAAAUGAAAGCGUGGAAAAACCACUUCAGGAAGAUAUCUCAGUACCUGGUGCCAAGCGCUACACAAGACGAAAUCGUCCACAAGAAGAUGUUUUAUCCGAUAUUGCAAAUAUUGUCAAUGAUCAUAAUAAGCAAAGAAAUACGCGAAUUAAGAUUGAGAGAGCAACAAACGAUUUGACCACAAUAAACACAGAGAUACACACUGAUGAAGUUGUGAAACAAGAAAUUGAUAUGCCACCACCGACAAAGCCUCCUCUUCGAAAUAAACGUACAGGGAAAAAUCAGUCGGUUGUGGCUAUUCCCGAAAUCAAAGUGGAGGUUCUUGAUAACUCAGUUAUCGAGAUACCGAAAGCACCGCUUGAUGUUAUAGUCCUGGAUGAUUCACUGGAUAAACCUGUUAGGCUUACCAGAGCGCGCACGAAAAGGAAAGGAGCUAACAAAGAGGAAAAUGAACCGCUUCCUGAAAACAUAAGAAAAACAGUUCAAGUGGAAAGAACUUCGAAAAGAAAACAGAUAGCCAGUAAUGACACUGGCGUGAUUACUAUGUCGCCUCAAAAGAAAAGAAUAAAGGAAGAUAACACUGAUACAGAUACAACUCUAAUGGAAGUACAAAAUGCAACACUUGUAAAGGAAACAGUUUCAUCACCUAUGAAAAAGAAAGGGAAAGGUAAAGCUGCAAAUGUAAAAAAAACUAUUCGUUCGACAUCAGAACAUUCCACUGUGAAUUCUAGCGAUGGUGAAGCUGCGGCAUUGCCUCAACAAGUAAGAAUGAAAAAACAAAUUACGAAGAAGAAAACAAAUUCCUUUAAAGGAGAUGAAGAACAAAGCGCGUUCAAGAGAAAUUCAACAGAAGAUGAAGAUUCUUCACCUAAAAAAAAACGGAGAGCAAGAGACAAAAGAGCAAACAUCAAACAAAGUGGAAAUCAAGGUAGUACAUCUGGUGAAGAUCAACAGACAACAGUUAAUGCUGAGACAAAUUCUAGUGAAGGUGAAACUGUAGGAAGGGAGAAUAAUACGGAAGAUGAUAAUUUAGCAGUAGGCAAUAGCACAGUGUGUAUAGCAAAUCCCACCGUUUUAAAAGAGAAGCACGCGCUUGCUAACGAAACUAUGGUCAUUACUAAACCAACUACAGUUGACGAUCUGAUGACGGACGAUGAAGAUUUCGUUCCCAGCAGUCCACCUGUACAUCAAGGGAAAGGAAACCAAAUUUUUAGUCCAUACGAGAGCAGUCCAGUUAAAAAACGCGUACAGGCCUUUGAAAAAUUGGAAACAAUGAAUGCAGAGGCCACUAGUGUCACACGAUCUAAAGCCAAACUUCCUGUCACACCGAAAGCGCGCGCGCAGAUAGAGGUAUUUGAAAAAUUGGCAAAGAAUCCUGAUGCUACUGUUACAAGAUCCAAAGCAAAAUUGGAAGUGAAAGUGCCUCACAUGUCCACUUCGACUCCGAAAACAAAAAUUCCAAAGAUGCUUGGUACCCCAGUAACCGGCAUUAAAUACAAGACCUUUCAAACGCUAUCUGCCCCCAAAGUUUCAUCAACUACAAUAAAUGUAAACCUCGCCCCAUCAACAGCUGGAAAAACAGGUAGUGCGUUAAAAGCGUCGAAAAUGGAAUUUCGUGAACGCGAAUUGCACAGACAGCAAAAGGAACAGGAAGCAUUGCAAAAGAAAGAGGCAUUAUUGCAAUCUUCGAUUGAGGAAAAGCGUCGCAAACGCGAAGAGCGAGAAAUGAAAGUUCAGCAGUUAAAGGCGAAUAAAGAAAAACAGAGGCAAAGGCAAUUGUUGUCCGCUGAAAAAACUAAAGAGGAAAAGUUGAAGCAAGUGUUGGCGGAAAAGGAAGCGAAAGCUCUCAAACAAAAAGAAGAGGCAGCCCAAAAGCGCGCCGCCGCUCUGAAAAAGGUGGAGGAUAGCAAGAAAAAUCAAGUACCACGAGAUGACGGUGUAAUUCCCUACCUUUCACCGACCCCACCAUUACCCACUCCGGACUGCUAUGAUUCAGAUGAUAGCGCGAGAGCGACAAUUGUUAUUCCACAAUUUCAGCAAAAGCACAUCCUGAAGCAAACUUUGCUUGAAAUGAGAAAUUUGGAUGCGCACCAGUACGACUUGUUUAUCUCCGGUCCUGAAACGCCCAACUUAAAGGAAAUUUUCCCCGAAAUACACGCUUCAAAAUUAAAACGCACCUCGAGCGGAAUUUGGAAUAAGACUGAAAGGUCAAUACUUGAAUCGAUGAUCGAGGAGGAUGAAUCAGAAUAAGUAUUAAUUUUAUGAAAUGCAUUUAUUUUUAUUUUAAUCAAUAUUCAUUUUGUAUAAAUGUGAUAUUUACCAAUGUUGUAAUCUUGUUGAUACUUACUUUCAAAACAUAACCCGAAAAUUAUCAACGUAAAAGUGGUGCAGGCAACGCUAUUUUUAUGUUGAUAAUUUUUGAGUGUCGAUUUUAAAGUAAGUAUCAAUAACAUUAGUCUUUCAUCAUAGUGUUUUUUACUUAGUUGUUAACACACUGAAACUCGAUACACUCCCAGUCAGUAAUUUCUCUUUUAUGUGUAGGAUACGUCAUUGCUUAUGUAUAUUAUUGAUAAUAAAUUGUACUGUACCGUUAUCUUGUACUUUUAGGCUUUUGACGUGACCAUGAUAGACUGAUAGCCAUAUUUAGUUAACUGGGGAACUAUCUGUGUAGCAGAAAACAGUCAGUGUUAUUGAACAAUGUUUAUUCUGUUUGGUUAGCAGUUCCACAGGGUUCCAUUCUCGGGCCACUGUUGAAUACUAUCUACACAUCAAAUUUUUGUAUGUGUUUAGGUAGUUUGACGGGUCAUAUGUAUGCUGACAACACUCUGGUUUAUUAUAUUUGGCGCUUCAUAUCUUAUUUAUCGCUAGAAUCUCAUUGAUUAAUCCUAUGGUAUAUUUUUUGGGGAGCAAAACAUUUCCACCAAACGUUUUGUUCAAAGUAGAUGGAAGCGACUUAAAAAUAAGAGUGUAACCUAGAAGAGUUGCGCUCGACACUAGCCUUAUGUUCAUAAAUACUUUAUUUUAAGUAAUAUCACAUUCAUGUUUGAAGCUGUUAUAUUCCCCUAGACUUGUACUUAGUGCCUAUUUUAAUGUAUAAAAUACAAUAUUGCAAAUAAUAUUUAAUAUAAAUAUAACAAGUGAUACUAUAAAAUUAAGGAAAUUUCUUUAUUUUCGAAAACUUCAAAGUAUAUAGGAUGGUC